AAAAGCAAAGGUGGAAAGGGGCUCGGAAAAGGAGGCGCCAAGCGCCACCGUAAAGUUCUCCGUGAUAACAUCCAGGGCAUCACUAAGCCCGCCAUUCGCCGUCUUGCCCGUCGUGGCGGUGUGAAGCGUAUCUCUGGCCUCAUCUACGAGGAGACCCGCGGUGUCCUCAAGGUGUUCCUUGAGAACGUGAUCCGUGAUGCCGUCACCUACACCGAGCACGCCAAGAGGAAGACCGUCACCGCCAUGGAUGUUGUCUAUGCCCUGAAGAGGCAGGGACGCACCCUGUACGGCUUCGCGGUUAAACCAGACUUCACGCAACUUUAA